CCGAAGCGAAGGUAGCGGUGUCCGAGACCAAGCUGAGGGUCUUGGAGGUAGAGACGGUGACAGGCUUACGAUGGCAACGUGGAGUCCUGACACCCCGUGUUCCUGCGACUGCUUUGUCUCUGUGUCCCCGGCCUCCGCCAUCCCAUCCGUGAUCUUUGCAAAGAACUCUGACCGACCCCGGGACGAGGUUCAAGAGGUGGUAUUUGUACCAGCAGGCGCUCACAGCCCUGGGAGUCGCCUGCAGUGCACCUAUAUUGAGGUGGAACAGGUAUCGAAGACUCAUGCUGUGAUUCUGAGCCGCCCUUCUUGGCUGUGGGGGGCUGAGAUGGGCGCCAAUGAACAUGGCGUCUGCAUUGGCAAUGAAGCCGUGUGGACCAAGGAACCUGUCAGGGAAGGAGAAGCUCUGCUGGGCAUGGACCUACUCAGACUGGCUUUAGAACGGAGCAGCACUGCCCAGGAAGCUGUACAUGUGAUCUCGGGCUUGUUGGAGCGCUAUGGGCAGGGGGGCAGCUGUCGGGAGGACCCCACGCCGUUCUGCUACCACAACACCUUCCUGCUUGCUGAUCGGACGGAGGCAUGGGUCCUGGAGACUGCUGGGAAGCUGUGGGCUGCUCAGAGAAUCCAGGCAGGGGCCCGAAACAUCUCCAACCAGCUGAGCAUUGGCACAGACAUCUCUGCUGAACACCCAGAGCUUCGGAGCCAUGCACUGGCCCAGGGAUGGUGGGAUGGACAGGGCACUUUUGACUUUGCCCAGGUCUUCUCUCUGACCCAACAGCCUGUGCGCAUGGAGGCUGCGAAAGCCCGCUUCCGGGCCGGGUGUGAACUGCUGCAGCAACAGCAAGGGAGCAUCACAGCAGAGGUGAUGAUGGAUAUUCUCAGGAACAAGGAGAGUGGCAUCUGCAUGGACUCUGGAGGCUUCCGUACCACUGCCAGUAUGGUGUCCAUUUUGCCUCUGGAUCCCAAAAAGCCCUGUGUCCACUUCCUCACUGCCACACCAGACCCAUCCAGGUCGGUGUUCAAACCCUUCAUUUUUGGGGUAGGGGCAGCCCAAGUUCCCCAAGUGCUAUCCCCCACUUUUGGAGCCCAGGAUCCUGUUCGGAUCUUGCCCCGGUUCCAGACUCAGGUGGAUCGCCGACACACGCUCUACUGUGGACACCAGGCAGCCCUGGGGCUGAUGGAGAGUGGGCAGGAACGGGGGCAGCAACUCCGGCAGAAGCAGCGGGACCUGGAGCAGGAAGGUCUGGAGGCUGUGCGGGGGCUGCUGGCCAGCAAGCAAACCUCAGUGCUCCAAGAGCUGGGCAGCCUCUUCCAGGCCUUUGUGGAGAGGGAGAGCCAGGCUUAUGCAUAACCACAAACUCCUCCUGGCCCAGGUGGGUGCAGAACCCCUGUUGCCAGCUGCCCUGAGUUGGGGUGAUGGAAUUGGAGUGAUCCCUUCAUGCCUUCAGUUGUGUUCUGAGUGCCUGC